AUGUACCAGAGCCUGGCCAUGGCCGCCAACCACGGCCCCCCUCCCGGGGCGUACGAGGCGGGCGGCCCCGGGGCCUUCAUGCACAGCGCGGGCGCCGCGUCCUCGCCCGUCUACGUGCCCACGCCGCGGGUGCCCUCCUCCGUGCUGGGCCUGUCCUACCUCCAGGGCGGAGGCGGGGGCGCCGCGUCCGGAGCCACCUCCGGCGGCAGCACGGGGGCGGCCCCGUCGGGCGCGGGGCCCGGGACCCAGCAGGGCAGCCCUGUUUGGAGCCAGGCGGGAGCCGAGGGAGCCGCCUACACCCCGCCGCCCGUGUCGCCGCGCUUCUCCUUCCCGGGCACCACCGGGUCCCUGGCGGCCGCCGCCGCCGCCGCCGCGGCCCGGGAAGCCGCCGCCUACAGCACCGGCGGCGGGGCGGCGGGCGCGGGCCUGGCCGGCCGCGAGCAGUACGGACGCGCCGGCUUCGCGGGCUCCUACUCCAGCCCGUACCCCGCCUACAUGGCCGACGUGGGGGCGUCUUGGGCCGCGGCCGCCGCCGCCUCCGCGGGUCCCUUCGACAGCCCGGUCCUGCACAGCCUGCCCGGCCGCGCCAACCCCGCCGCUCGACACCCCAACCUUGUAGAUAUGUUUGAUGACUUCUCGGAAGGCAGAGAGUGUGUCAACUGUGGGGCCAUGUCUACCCCACUCUGGAGGCGGGAUGGGACAGGGCACUACCUCUGCAACGCCUGUGGCCUUUACCACAAGAUGAACGGCAUCAACCGGCCCCUCAUCAAGCCCCAGCGCCGACUGUCCGCUUCCCGCCGAGUGGGCCUCUCCUGUGCCAACUGCCAGACCACCACCACCACGCUGUGGCGCCGCAACGCGGAGGGCGAGCCCGUGUGCAACGCCUGCGGCCUGUACAUGAAGCUCCACGGCGUUCCCAGGCCUCUUGCGAUGCGGAAAGAGGGGAUUCAAACCAGAAAACGGAAGCCCAAGAACCUUAAUAAAUCGAAGACACCAGCAGGUCCCUCGGGCAGCGAGAGCCUCCCUCCCACCAGCAGCGUUUCCAGCAACUCCAGCACCGCGACCACCAGCAGCAGCGAAGAGAUGCGCCCCAUCAAGACAGAGCCAGGGCUGGGGUCCCAUUACGGCCACAGCAGCUCCAUGUCCCAGACGUUCUCGGUCAGCGCCAUGUCCGGCCACGGGCCCUCCAUCCACCCGGUCCUCUCGUCCCUGAAGCUCUCCCCACAAGGCUAUGCAGCUUCGGUCAGCCAGUCACCGCAGGCCAGCUCCAAGCAGGACCCUUGGAACAGCCUGGCCUUGGCCGACAGUCACGGGGACAUAAUCACUGCAUAAUGUCACCUCCCUCCCUCCUCAGAUUCCUGCACAGACUUGGGACUUAGAGAACCGCAGAGGCGAGGACCGGCUCCCAGCAGCCAUCCUGCUCUGUCUGGGAAUGACUCCGGAACAACUGGGAAGAAACUUGAAGUCGAUGAUUUGGUUAGGGGAGUGGGUGUAGGAUUUCAUCAGAUGCCUCUUCAAGAUGAGGGGCUGGGACGAGCCCAGACUCUGAUCCAGACGCACCCACCCUUCACGAGGAGCACACUCAAGUCCCUUCCAUGGAGCUGGAGACUUCUUCCUCGUUCUCUGCCCCACUCCACCCUGACAAGAGAUGAGCUGUCCUUCUCUACCCUUCCAUCACUAUGGCCUGAGACGGUGGUUUUCCUCUGGUGAUCCGGCACCGGGAUCUGAGGGUGGGGAGAGGGGCAGGUGCUGGGACCCUGCUCCAGCCUGAGCCUUUCAAUGUGACAGGCCCCUCCAGGCAGCUCCUGCCCGUGCCCAACACUCCCCUUCGGGCUCAGCACACCCCUGCACCCCUCAGUACUGAAUCCUGACUCCAGGAACGGUGGGCACCGCCCGUGUUACUGGGUGCUCUGUGGGGAGACGGAGGAGAG